AUGCAACGGCCCGGGGAGCCGGGCGCCGCGCGCUUUGGUCCGCCCGAGGGAUGUGCUGACCAUCGGCCGCACCGCUACCGCAGCUUCAUGAUCGAAGAGAUCCUCACCGAGCCUCCUGGGCCUAAGGGUGCAGCGCCUGCGGCCGCCGCAGCCGCCGCAGGAGAGCUGCUUAAGUUUGGCGUGCAGGCGCUGUUGGCCGCCCGGCCCUUCCACAGCCACCUGGCAGUGCUGAAAGCUGAGCAAGCUGCUGUGUUCAAGUUCCCAUUGGCGCCGCUUGGCUGUUCCGGGCUGGGCUCAGCGUUGCUGGCCGCGGGGCCUGGGAUCCCUGGCACCGCAGGCGCAUCGCACCUGCCGCUGGAGCUGCAACUUCGCGGGAAGCUGGAAGCAGCUGGCUCCGGGGAACCUGGCACGAAAGCCAAGAAAGGACGCCGAAGCCGCACUGUGUUCACGGAACUGCAGCUUAUGGGCCUAGAGAAACGCUUCGAGAAGCAGAAGUACCUCUCCACCCCUGACAGAAUAGAUCUAGCUGAGUCCCUGGGCCUGAGCCAGUUGCAGGUGAAGACCUGGUAUCAAAAUCGGAGGAUGAAGUGGAAGAAAAUAGUGUUGCAGGGUGGCGGCCUGGAGUCCCCUACCAAGCCCAAGGGGCGGCCCAAGAAGAACUCCAUCCCCACGAGCGAGCAGCUCACGGAGCAGGAGCGCGCCAAGGAGGCAGAGAAGCCAGCGGAGAUGGCGGGCGAGCCCAGCGACAGGAACUGCGAGGACUGAGCAUCUCGCCGAGCUGCGGUGCCCUCGGCGGCGGGAAGCCAGGAGCAGGCCCUUCCGCGCCCAAGCCGUUUGCUUUCUAAACGUUUCAUUACUACUUUGAACGCGGACAAUUAAGGGCCAAACAAGGAAGGACACAGA